AUGGCGCCCCUAAACGCCGUCUCUGAGGCCGCAAUAGCCAGACUCCGAAGCUAUGUCCCCCCGCCAACAGCAUACAGCUCGGUGCCACUAAGCCGGCGUGCAGCCGUGCUGAUACUGCUCUACGCCGACGCUAAGGGGGAUCUAAGGGUGGUUGUUACGAUCCGGGCCAAGACACUCAGUUCGUAUGCAGGAGAGGCGGCUUUGCCUGGCGGCCGAGCAGAUACACUUGAAGAAACGCCCUUCCAAACCGCCCGCCGCGAAGCGAGCGAGGAGAUCGGCCUCCCUGAAGGGGAGAGCAUCACUCUCCCUCCCUUCCGCGUGGAGCAUCUCUGCGAGCUGCCGGCAAAUCUUGCCAAAACCGAACUGGUCGUGCGUCCCUGCGUCGCGCUGCUGCAUGGCUACGAUCCUGUAACGGGGCUGGAGGCAGAUCCGGAGGUAUCGCUGAUCCCCAAGUUGGAUGCGCGGGAGGUUGCUGCUGUGUUUACGGCGGGAUUUAGGGAUUUCUUGUCUCUUACUGAAGAUGAGAAGUGGUAUCGAGGGAGUUGGAGUUUGUGGCAUGACUCUAGAUGGAGGAUGCACCAGUUCUUUGUCCCAAGCCAAACAGUCAAACAUGGAUCGACAUCAUCAACCGUCAACGUAGAAGAAGACUCAGGCUCAGACUCAGACUUCCGCUAUCGCGUAUUCGGCAUGACAGCCCGUAUGCUAGUUGACGCGGCGCGAGUUGCCUAUGCGCAGGAACCCGAGUUCGAGCAUAACAGCCACUUUGGCGAUGAGGAGAUGAUCGCCAAGCUACGCCGGUUAGGCCGAUUGAGUGCAGUUCGCAAGGCUUCAGAUGGAUUGACCCGUGAAACAAUGGAAAAGGCGUCCAAACUGAGCUAG